ACAGGGUACGUUUGUUCUGCCCUAAUGAUGUAAGAGUUUUACUGUGCCUGUAACAGGUACAUUACAGAGGGAGAGACAGAGAGAGAGUAUUUAUCUUAGGUACAAUCCUGAUCCUCUUCAGACGGAAUACUUAUGGCAUACACACAGAAUGGGGAUCCUCCGAAUUACAACUACAUGUUGGAUCAAAACAGGCCACAACCUUCAUAUCCGGGUAUUCAGGCUGCACAAGGCCAACCGUACUAUAUACCUCAACAAAUACUCCACACACCUGCUCCUAAUCUAGUUCAAACAGUCCCAUCACAGAGUAGAAAUGUUUCCUCAUCUAAAAGCAAAAAGCUUUGCUUUAGAGGGAGCGGUGGCUCUGCCAUCAUAGUGACGCUACUUGUACUUGCCGUUGGAUUUGGAGUGCGUUAUGGACCAUCACUGUUUAAUUUUGCAAAAAAAGAGCAAAUAACAGAUACAUGCCCCGCAUCAAAAGUCGUCUGUGAUGGAAAGAAAGACUGUUCUCAAGGCAGUGAUGAAUCCGUCUGUGUGCAGUUCGGAAAAGGAAACGAAUUACUGGUCAAGACUUCUAAAACUGAAAGUUUCCUUCCUGUUUGUUCAAAGGGCUGGACUAAAAGCAUAGGUGACCAAACCUGCAAACAGCUUGGCUUUAAAGAGAGUUUUGAAAAUGGCAUUGUGCAAACCAGCUCGUCCACUGUUCAAAGUGUGAACAAUAGCCAGUUUUCAAACACUAUCCAGGGGAGCGUUGUGAGCAGUCAGCAGUGUCCAGAUAAGAAUGUUGUGUCUCUGCGGUGUAACGACUGUGGAAGACCACCAACUUCCGGAAAGAUCAUUGGGGGAGCAACGGCUGCUCAAGGUCAAUGGCCAUGGCAGGCCAGUCUUCAUUUCAUGCGCUCUCACACCUGCGGUGGAUCUUUGGUGGCUCCGAAUUUCAUUCUUACAGCUGCUCAUUGCUUCCCAUCAGACACAGCUGGCAUGCAGGAGAUUAGUAACUGGCGAGUGUUUGUUGGUAUUGUGUCCCAGGGCAACCUUCCCAACCCAAUUUACCUAAAGCAAAUUAUUCUACAUGAAAACUACAAAAGUGCGACGCAUGACAAUGACAUUGCCUUGCUAAAACUGGAGACAUCAGUCAAUCAAAUAAAUCCAAUCUGCCUGCCUGUGACUGGCCAAACCUUUCCUACUGGCAUGUCUUGUUGGACAACUGGUUUUGGAGCUACUACACAGGGGGGCAGAGGUUCCACUACUUUGAUGGAAGUUGCAGUGAACUUGAUUGAACAGUCUACGUGCAACAAACCUACUUCUUACGAUGGAGCUAUCACUGGGAAUAUGCAGUGUGCGGGAGAUCUAGCGGGAGGAAGAGACUCCUGCCAGGGGGACAGUGGGGGUCCAAUGGUGUGUAAGGCUGAUGAUCAACGCUGGUAUCUCACAGGUGUAACAAGCUGGGGAAUUGGCUGUGGAAAGAAAAACCUUCCAGGUGUUUAUGCUAAAGUAGAGCGCUUUUUGCCCUGGAUACACAGCAGGAUGCAGAUGGUGCAACAAUGACCUUCGUGAUCAAGAAGAGCAAAUCACAUUCGCCCUUUUGCACACAUUAAAAAAACAUUUAUUAUUAUUUAAACAAUAGUUCAUCUUAAAAUGAAAAUGCACUCAUCACUCACCUUCAUGUCAUGUAUCUUGUUUUACAUUAUUUAAAGUUUCUUUUUGAUCUGUUUAACCACUUCUGAUUUUUGUAAAUUAAAAUACUUCUGAUGUUCUUAUAAAAAUAAAAAAUUGGACUCAUAA